UUUCUGAACGUGAUAAAAUGUCCGUUGUGAGAAUGUGACAUUUGAAAAACAGUUGUUAGAUUUUUAUUUUUGGGUUAUUGUUAUGCUAUUUUAACAAAUAAACAGGAAAGACGCCCGUGCAGAAUAGAAAUAAGGCCCUGUGAUGUAAUUCAAUAUGAAGACAUGUAGUGCAAUGUGAUAUUAUUUAAGUUGUCUGAAGUGGUUGUGUUUACUCAAUUAAAAUGACUUCUAUUGAUGUAACAAUGAUAGAAAGACUGAGAAAAGAAAAUUUAGACCAAUUUUUUACGUUAGUUCGUAUGCAUUUAUCAUUUGUUGUAGAUAUAAACACGGACGAUGUUGAUUGUUCAACAGAUAAACCAAAGCAAUUCCGUUGGAAUUUUCAUAAGAAAACUAAGAACCCUAGUUCAUUAUCUAGUCAAAACAAUGUUAAUUCAAUAAAAAAUACAGCUGAAGCAAAUUCUAUCACAGAAGAAGGAAUUUUGAGACUAAACGAGCUAAUAGACUUUUUAUCUCAGCCAGAGAAUGUAACUCAAGAAGGUAUAUUUCGACGUACCGGCUCACUCAGCAGGCAGCAAGAGUUACGGCAGCUACUGGUAACGGGAACCAACCUUGGUCUUGAAGACAGCAAGUUUUCGGUCCACGAUUGUGCUUCAGUACUAAAGGGGUUCCUUGCAGAGUUACCGCAACCACUCCUGAUGGAUCAGUAUUAUCAAACGUAUUGCACUUUAGCCACGCAAUACCCACCAAAUGCAGAAUCGUCAGAAGACAAACUCCUGAUUGCCCUGCAGUUGCUACUCCUACUGCUAACGCCUUCACACAGGAACUUUCUGGAAAGGUUGCUCAAACUACUUCGUCUAGUGGCCGACAAUGAAGCGUCGAAUCGCAUGUCUCCGGACACUUUGGCUACAAUGUUCACACCGCAUUUAUUGUGUCCGAGAAAGUUAUCCCCCGAGCAUUUCCACGCGGACUCCAUAGCUUUAGCGCCGGUAAUCAGCUUCAUGAUCCGGCACUGCGGGCAGCUGUUCGCGGCGCCGGCCCGCCUCGCGACCGACGCGCGCGCUUACUUCACGGCGCGGGAAAGGAAGAAAGUGCUGUCGCCUGACGUCGACUUGGAUGAGAGCAUCACUGAUAGGACCGCAGCGAACACAGUAUACACAUUCGUCGAUCGCCACCGAACGCGGGCAGAAAACGAAAGCAAUCCAACGGACACGGCGCUGGCGCAGCUUUAUGCGCACAUUCAAGCGUUGCCCGACUCGCACCACAAGCGCCGCCUCAUCAAGCACUUCAACCGGCAGAACGGAUACGGUACCCCCAUCCAAAUCCAGAGGACGGGUAAAGUGGCAGGCUCGCGUAGUUUCGGCGACUCGAUCAAGCGGCACAUCUUCAACAAGGGACUCCUCAAUAAGACGCCGAAGAAAGGAUCAGGGUCUACUAUUAACACCGUUGAAGAGGUGAGUGCUUUUGUGCUGUGCGAAUACAACCUUUAUGAUAACCGUCUAAAGUCUAUGUUUGUAUGCAAUUUGCUUCGAGAUGUUCGAUGCGAUGAUUUCUUAGUUAAAUAAGGAA